AAAAAAAAAUUCGAACAAAAAAAAAAAUCAUGUCAAAUCUCAAUAAAGAUAUCCUUCAUUCAAUAUUUGAAGAGUUGCAAGACGAUGGUAAUUCUCUUUAUAAUUUAUUAUCGGUCGACAUAGUUUGGUCAGAAACUAUCAUUCCAAUUUUGUGGAGAAAUCCCUGGAAAUACUUUAACGAUAAGAAGAACGAAACAAUUUCACGAGAGGAAAAAAGAUUCUUAUUAAAUGAUAAAAAGAAGAAGUCACUAUUAGACGUAAUUAUUUCACAUUUAUCGAAUGAAACAAGAGAUACUUUCAAACUAACCACGACAUAUGAGAAACCUUUAUUUGAUUAUAUUGGAUAUUGUAAACACUUGAAUUUAAGUGAUUUAGAAGAAAUAAUUGAUAUCAUGGAGUACGAAGAACUAGACGUUUAUAAUGAAAUAUUCAAACUUUUUAUUAAUGAAAAAACGAGAAUCACACAUCUUUAUAUACCUCGCCAAUUCAAUUAUCAAUUACAUCUUAUUCCUGGGGUUGAAAAUUGCCUUUUAGGGCUUGAAUAUCUUCGAUGCAGCACUUUAACAAAAGACGAUGUUUUAGAUGGAUUGGCAGAAAUAUGCAAAUCAAUCAAGGAAUUAAAUUUUAAUAUUUAUAAUAUUUAUAAUCAAGAAGGACGGGAAGAUUAUAAUUAUGAUAAUGUAACCGAAAAUGGAAUCGUUAAGUUAAUUCAACGUCAAAAAAAAUUAAAUAAGGUUCAUUUUUAUUAUGGAGAAAGUAUGUAUAUGAGAACGACGAACAGUAAUUCUUUAUAUAAAAGUAUUGAAAAUUCUUUGAUUGGACAUGCAAAAAAUAUUCAAUAUUUUAGCGCAAAUAAGAAACCCUUCACAAAUAUUCUUUCAUCUUUUAAAAAUUUAAAAAGUCUAGAAAUAUGUGACGAUUAUUAUUCAUCGAUUCAUGACCAGCCAAAUUUUCCAAUUUUUUAUUUUCCUUUUUCAUUACCUUCUUUACCUCUACCUCCUUUACCUCCUUUACCUUCUUUACAAAUUCUAAAAGUUGGAGACAUUCCUAUAAAUGAUUUAAUAAGUUUAUUUAAAAGUUCAAAAGGACUUUGUGAAAUCAAAAUUGAAUAUUCUACUAUAGAUAUUGAACAUAACAAAAGGAUUAUUCAAGCUAUUUAUGAAAAUUGUCCAAAUUUGAAAUAUCUCGGAAUUCCUUUUAACAAUAUUUAUAUAUUGGAAUUAGAAAAAUUAUUAAUUAAAUGCCAAUAUCUGGAAGGUUUAUAUCUUAACAUAGGAGAAGUAAAUUAUGAAGAGUUAUUUGAAACAUUGGCUAGAUGUUCACCAAAUAGUUUGUUUAGAUUUAAAUUCGAAUUUAAAUUUCAAACUAAUCGGAUUAAGAGAAUAACAUUAAAGUCAUUUAAAUUAUUUUUUCAUCAUUGGCAAGGGAAACAUCCUAUGUUAUUACAAACAAUCGGAAUGUCUCUUAAUAAGUCAGAGGAACAUUCGUAUCUUAUUGAAAAUUAUAAAUUUUUAGGAGUAAUUAAAAAGUACGAUGAUAUUGAAUUAGGAAAAAAUAAUUUUAAGGAUUUUGAAUGGAUUAAACAAAUGCCUUUUCAUGAAACAUCUUUCGAUGGUAAUAUAGCGAAUAGAGCAAGAGGCAUUUAUUUGAUAUGAAUAUAUUUGCUAUUUGAAAUUAAAAAAGUUUAUUGAGCAAUUUAAUUUAGAUUUAAUUAAUUUAGUAUAAUAUAUGUAUAGACUAUUAUAAUAAUAAAUUUUAUUCUUCAGUAUGUUUUAAAAAAUUUAUUUUCUGUUUAAUAAAUUAUAGUUAUUGGAUGAGGGUAAAAUUAUCGGUCACCCGUUACCCUCCCAUUCAAUAACUGUUAUUAUGCAUUCAUGUG